AUAUUCUCCUCUGUCCUCCUUUUUCAUUUCAUUAGAAGGUGGAUGCAGCCUCAUAUCCAUAAAAAAUGUUUCAUCUCCUAAAACCUAGCCCUAGCACUGGGAGUAUCCACUCAUCAUCUCAGCUGAAGAAGGGAAUGGGGGCAGAAAGGGAGGAGCUACUGCUUGUGGAGCCCUGGGGUUUGGCAGUGCUGAGCUGUAGUGGGGUGAGCCAUCAGGGGUUCACACUCCCAGGCCUGAUUAGGUCAGAGGGUGCCUAAGAUUAGAAAAAGAGCAACUCAAAGCUGCCAUGCUGAACAGCCAAAGAAUCCAUCCUCUCAACAAAAAAGUUCCUACACUUCCAGUUUUGGAAUUCUGAAUUCGUGUAAUUACAUGCUCCCAUCAAAUCCACAUCUCCUCAAUUCCACAAGUCCCUUGAAGAAUCUAAAGCAAAAAGAUAAAAGAAAAAUUACUCCUAUCUCUGAUGUCAGUAACAGACUUCCCAUAUACACUGUUGGGAAUGGAGAUAGCGACCCUGAUCCUGAGAAACAGGAGUCACCCAGACCAUCCUAUCCAGCACCUGUGGCCUGGGGAAUCCCAAGUUUCCAAAGGAAUCCAAAAGUGGUCCCACAGGGGGAAAAUGAUAGAAAUGUUGCCUGGCAGUCCCCUAAAUUUUGGAAGAAUCCAAAAUUGGCCCCACAGGGAGAAAACCACACUGAUGAUAGCGACCCUGAUCCUGAGAAACAGGAGUCACCCAGACCAUCCUAUCCAGCACCUGUGGCCGGGGGAAUCCCAAGCUUCCAAAGGAAUCCAAAAGUGGUCCCACAGGGGGAAAAUGAUAGAAAUGUUGCCUGGCAGUCGUUUUGGACGAGACGAAAAGUGGCCCCACAGGUGAAAAAAUUACCUAUGGUAUUAAGGUUACUGGUUUCAGUCAUAGGAUGGUAUUCUUAUCACUUUUUAGAAAUCGCAUCCGUAAUGCGCGCCGAGGCUCAACUAAUCCCCACUCUAAAGAUAGAGGUUGAAGUGGCUGCUUCAGGUGAAACAGAUACUUUUUCCAUAUGUCUUGGGAUGUUUGAAGAUUUCUCACCCCAAUAUAUACUUCCUGCCUCGACGGUCAGACCCAGACUCGACAUGACAAAGAAUGAAGGGUCUCAUCUUCUGGAGCUACUUCAGGCUGACAAAGGGUGUCAGGCUAGGCUAUCCAGUGGGGUCCUGACUGAAAAGGAGAUGGAGGAAUUGGGUGGGGCUGCACAGCAGCGGCAGUGUCGUGCUGAAUGUGGAAUGAAAUUCAGUGAUUUUCAGGAGACCAAGUAG